AUGCUCAAGGUGGACUACUGGAAGUGUGAUGAAAUUACAAUGAACAUCAACACAUGGUUAAAAAAAUAUUCAUUAUUGAUAUGGGUAUUGUUUGUCUGUUUUAUUACUUUGUAUGUGAAAGUCGAAUUAAAAAGAAAUGAAGAGAAAUUAACUGAAGGUCAUUUUUGGGUAUUUACUGAUUCACAUGUUGAUGUUCUUUAUCGACAUGAUGGUGAUCCAUCUACUCGUUGUCGUAAUGUAUCAUUAAAUAAUAUGAUAAAGAAAAAUCGAAAAUUUGGUCAUUUCGAUUGUGAUACACCGAAUGAAUUAUUAAUAUCAACAUUAUCUGCUGCGAAGAAAAUUGAUUCAAAUAUUGAUUUUAUUAUUUGGCUUGGUGAUGCAACAAGUCAUCUAUCUCAGAGUGAUGAUACAAUUCUAUCUGUUAAUGAAAAUUUUUCUCAAGAAUUAAGAAAACAUUUUCCAAAAACCCUUGUUAUUCCUGUUUUAGGAAAUCAUGAUGUUAUCUUAAAAGCAAACCGAUCAACACGUUUUAUACAAUUUUAUAAAGAAACAAAAUAUAAUUUAUUAUUAAAUGAUGAUAAUGCACUCCCAACAUUUCUCAAAGGUGGUUAUUAUUCAAUACGUUUUCGAACACUAAGAAAUAAACGACAAACAUUUUUACGUUUUAUUGCACUUAAUACAGCAAUGUUUCAACCACAGUAUAUGGAUUAUUUUGAUUCAAAUGAACCUAAUGAACAAAUUAUGUGGUUUAAUAAAACAAUGUUUGAUGCACAUAAUCUCAAUGAUCGUGUACUACUUUUAGCUCAUGUACCAUUUGGUAUAAAUGAAAAUUUAUUAUAUAAGUUUUAUCAUAUAAAAUACGAACAAAGACUUUUAUCUAUAAUUAAUAAAUAUUCAUCAAACAUAAUAAUGUGUUUAAGUGCUCAUCGUCAUCAAGAUCUAUUUCGUGUUUAUUCAUCAUUAAAUACAACGAUGGGUAUUAUUGGACAUCCAUCUAUUAGUCCUAUUGGUUAUUUAAGUCAACCAUCCAUUCGAAAAUAUUCAUAUGACAGAAAAUCACUUAUAUUAACCGAUUAUGAACAAUAUUCAUUUAAUGUACAUGAAGCUGAACGUACACAAAAAGACGUAUGGACAUUUUCUUAUCGAUUUUCAUCAUGGUAUCAUCAAUCGAAAGAACUUACAUCAAAAAAUUUAUUUCAACUGAUUUAUUUAAUACGAGCAAAGCCUUUUUAUUUAAAACGUUUUCUAUUAACAAAACAUUAUACAGAAAAUAUAAUAUUAACAAAUCAUCGAAUAGUUCAAACAUUAUGUGCACUAACAUUGUUCAAUUUUGAUGAAUUUCUAUCAUGUACAAGAAAAUUAGAAAAAAAAGGUGUUCAAUAUGAUAACAUAGCUUUUAAUAAUUCAUUAGAAAACAAUUCUCAUGUGAACGAACAAUUAAUAGAAUAUAGAAUUAUUUACAGGCGUGUCGCAUUCAGUCUUUUUAUAUUUCUUGUUAUUAUUGCGUGGAUUAUUUAUCGAAUUUCUUUUAAGUUCUUUUUAUAG